AAAAAUAACCAGGAAGUUAAACAGAGGAGGAAACGUAAUCAGUCGUUGCUGCAUCUAACUCUUUUGUCCAUAAAGAGGUUUUAAAAGCUUUCAGGAUAUCCUCAACUUGAAGGAAAGUUUAUCCAUCUGCUUGUAAUCAAGGGGCAUUGUUUCCACAAGAUGGAUCCGGAGCAGGGAGAAGUGGAGACAGUGCCGCAGGACAAGGUCCAGGCCUUGAGGAGCCAGGUGGAUGGAGUCAAAGACAUCAUGACCCAGAACGUGGACCGAAUUCUGGCCCGAGGAGAGAGGCUGGACGACCUCAUGGGCAAAUCAGAGGACCUGCAGGCAGGGGCUCAGCACUUCAAGCAGACGUCCCAGAAGGUGGCUCGCACCUACUGGUGGAAGAACGUCAAGCUGAUUAUAGUCAUCGUGGUCAUCGUCCUCAUCAUUGUCCUCAUCAUCAUCCUGUUGGCCACUGGAGUCAUUCCUGUCAGCGCCCCUGUGCCUUCUCCCACCACCAAGCCGUAAACACACAUACACACGCAUACAUAUACACACACAUGCAGACACAUACACACAAAAAAGCACACAUUCCUUUUUCCACGGGACACAAAAUAAUACAUAGACUCAUGCAAAUCACUGCUGUCAGGUGACACCUGCAUAAGCUGCAAGCUGAUUCCUACGAGUGACGUUGAUGCUUUUAUUGGAAUUGAAGGAUUUCAUGGCUGAGAAAAUUUUGUGACGCACAGGCUUAUGAAAACCUUUCAAAACAGGCAGGAUUUCAGCUGCUGUCCAAAUAUAAAUGUAAUUUCUGAAAAGUUAUUUUGGAGGUACACGGCGUUCACCUGACAGCAGAAAGUAAUACUGUAACAUCUUCUUCACAAGACGGUCACAUAAGUGGCAUCAGCCCUCAUUUGUUAAACCACCAGCAGCCACUUCUUCACAGCAAAGAGGAAGUCAGUGGGCCAAUUUUUAACUGUUGUACAGCUGCUGCACACAGUUGCACAAGAUGUGUUUGAAUGUGUAGAUAUGAAAUGGUGAAUGUGGAUUCCUCCAAUUCUCUUAUUAGAUAGUCUGGGUGUUUUGAAUUUUAUCACUUAUUUUGCACAAUUCCAGUGUAAAGACAGUAACUGUUGCUAACUUGUACAGUUUUUAAAAUAAAAAUGCAAAAUGCAGUAUAUGGAAAAAAUGGUGGCACUUCACACUCACAGGCCACAGUUUCUUUUCACAUGCGGACAAUCCUUCAGUUAGAAAAAAACUUGUUAUACCAAGCACCAUACAAACUGUAAUCUUUUUAGGUCACUGAUGUAGUAGGUACAUAAAAAGCUGAAUUUUGAUUGUUACUAUUUGUGGGCCUGUUCUUUCAAAAUGUGGGAGGAGUUUCAUUAAACUUAACAAUCCAGACAGUCUAAAAAAGUUCAUCCAUGGUAUCCCAUUGAUUUUUUUUUCUCACAUUGGAUUGGAUGCUCUGAGUUACGACUACCGUACUUCUUUCUCUCUGAAGUGUCGUAUCGUGACGAGAGGAAAUCGAUAUACAUAAAAUAUCUGACAAAAAGAAAAAUCAAUUGUAUGAUUUUAAGGAAUGGAAAAAACUGCUUAUUUUCCUCAGUGACAUCCAUCUGUUUUUGAUAAUGUACAACAAGAUGUCUCAGCCUUUGACGAUGUGAACUUCCAGCUGGAAAAAAAAAAAAAAAAAAAACAGAUGCUGAAACUGCAGUUAUGUGUUUUGUUUUUGUUUGGGAACAUAUCACAAAAGAUUUUCAGAUGUGUAAAUUUCUGCUAAACAUUGUGUCAUUGUCAGACGAUUGUCAGUGUUUUAAAACGGCCGUGUUCAGUUUUGUGUUUUUUAGUAGAGAUAGACUCUCGUGUGAGUUCCCCCGCUCUAGUCAGGCCCAGCUUUCCUGCUUCACCCACAAGCCCUCUCUGUUUCUGUUGCAUUAAAGUGAAACAGAGCAGCUCAACUUAUGGCUUUGACACCUUGAUUCAAUAAAUACACCACCCAGAUGAGCCGUUCCCAGGCUUCUAAUGUUGGACAGUCAGGCUCUACCAGCCAACCAGCUGAGAGAGAUCAUUUACAGGCCCUCAGUGGCUCCCCCUGCUGGGCCCAUGUCACCCGAUGAGCCCACAUGCUCUCAAGUUACCCGUAAUAUCCAUUAGGGAGAGGAGCAGAGCCAGUGUAUUAUUAUUAUAUGUAAAAUAUAGCAGAGCCAGUCAGUGAAGGUGUCACCAUUUUGCCACCCAAGAAUGUAAAUUCAUGUAUUAUCCUUCAUACUGUAAAUGGUAUAUUAAUGAUGGAUAUGAUUUUUGGAACAAAAAUAAUCAACUCCUGCGUUCUCCCAUAGUUUCUGAAUUUUUUCUUUGGGACUUUUUUUUUUUUUUUUUGCUUUGUUUCUCAUGUUGAUGAAUGGACAGCUGUGCUUUCUGGGUUGUGUGGAUAUUAAUCCAUAAAUGUCCUCCUGCUGUUACAAUAUCAGUUUAGCAUUGAAGAGGUCAAACUAAUCAACGCUGUGGCUUUUACAUCAACACAUUCCCGCCUAUUUGUAUAUUUGCAACUGCCUUUAACCUCUGUGUUAAUUAAAAUAUAUAUUCUUUAGAGGCUA